UUGCCACGUCGGUCUGUUCGCUGUAACGGCUGCACGCGGAACUUCUCGUAACUUUUUGUUUUGCAUUUUAAACCUUUAAAAAGUUGCAGCGCGCGACCGCACACACGCGCGCUACUAAAACAAACUCCAGACGUUUUUAACACAGUCUCGUGGUGUGAAAGAAAGAGAAACAGAUGUCGUUGUCUGAGUGACUGAUGUGCGCGCUCAUGAUUCAUGCGCGUGUCCGGGCUGCAUUUAGCCGAGACGUGAGGACGUGGUGUCUGCGAGCGGCCGGUGUUGUGUUCGGUGUUGGACAUGCCUGGCGGCCGCAGGGGUCCAAGUAGACAGCAGUUGAGCCGCUCUGCGUUGCCGUCCCUGCAGACGCUGAUGGGCGGCGGCGGCCUCAGUAAUGGGACGGGUCUCAGGUGCAGGGGCAUUAAUUCAGUGGGUCUGUCGGCUCCGCCCCUCACGGCCCUUGUCACUCCGGAACCCGUCCGUCAUUCCCGCAUCCCCGAUCUUCCUCUGGACAGUAGCUUGCUGUUUGAGUGUCUGCUCUUCCUCUAUCUGCUAGUGGCGCUGUUUGUUCAGUACAUCAACAUCUACAGGACGGUGUGGUGGUCCUCCAACAGCCACCCCACAGCCUCCACCUCACUGAACUUUCACCUGAUGGACUACCAUCUGGCUAUCUUCAUCACUGUGAUGUUGGCCAGAAGACUCGUGUGGACCGUCGUCUCAGAGGCGUCUCAGACGAGUCCAUCAUCUGUAGUGCGGUACGUGAUUCUGAUAACGGCCCGUCUGAUCCUGCUGACGCUGUGUGGAUGGGUUUUGUGCUGGACUCUUCUGAACCUCUUUAAGAAUCACUCCGUUCUCAAUCUGCUCUUCCUGGGCUAUCCGUUUGGAGUGUACGUGCCGUUGUGCUGCUUCCACCACGAGGGUCGAGCUCAGUCCACCUCAACCGACUGCAGCUUCUCGGAGCAGGACGGGGCAGAUCCGCCUCUCCAUCGCUCCAAAGACUUCCUCACGCUAAUGCGGGAAAACCUGAGAGAACAGUUCUCUAGUCCCGCCAACGCCCCCAUCCACACCUGCCCUCACUCUCCUGAGCUCAUCCGCACCGAGGUAGAAGAGCUGAAGACCGACUUCAACCGGCGAAUCAAAGAAGUGCUUUUCAACUCGCUCUUCAGCGCUUACUACGUGGCCUUUCUGCCGCUGUGUUUUGUCAAGAGCACGCAGUACUACGACAUGCGCUGGUCGUGCGAGCAUCUCAUCAUGGUGUGGAUCAACGCCUUUGUGAUGCUGAUGUGUCAGCUGCUUCCCCCCAGCUACUGCGACCUGCUGCAUCGCUCGGCUGCACAUCUUGGCCGCUGGCAGAGGCUGGAACACGGUUCCUUUAGCAACGCCCCGCAGCACAUAUGGUCUGAAAGCACCAUCUGGCCGCAGGGAGUUCUGGUGCGACACAGCCGAUCUCUUUAUAAAGCCGUCGGGCCGUAUAAUGUGGCGUUACCCUCAGACAUCUCGCAUGCCAGAUUUUUUUUUCUGUUUCACAAGCCGCUCCGGAUCCUGAAUCUUCUCAUCGGCAUCGAGUCGAGUGUGGUGUUGUAUCAGCUGUAUUCAUUGCUGCGCUCCGAGCGCUGGAACCACACGCUCUCGCUGGGACUCAUUCUCAUCUGUAACUACUAUGUGCUUUUCAAACUCUUGCGGGAUCGGAUCGUGCUGGGUAAGGCGUACUCGUACCCGCUCGCUGGCGGCACCCUGGGAAUCAAGUCACAGUGAACUCUUUAUCAGAAGGGACGCGGGUAGAGACUGCGAACUUCUGUUGCUUUUGAUACGGUUCUGUUUUCAUGCUGCGUUUGUAUCUAUUUAAUGAAAUAUUUUAUUUUGUAUACUGUUACACAAAACAAAAACUCGGGCAUUAAGCUUAUGAUGCAACGUUGUAUCAGUUUCCCUCUCGUUGUUAAUGAGGGAGACGGUUUGUGUUUUGUGGGAUGUCCAAAUUCUGCCAAAGAUGAGAAAAGAAACCAGAAUGCCAAUCCCACAAGCCUCCACUGAACAAUCACGACGUGGGACUUGAUCCAGUGCAUCAUGAUGGCUGUGUUAUCUCUUCAUAAUGUCAUGUGUGUGUAUAAGGAAGUGAUGUCAGGUGGAGUCUGUGCAUAAUCCCAAAUCUCUUCUGAGUGCUUGUGGCUACAUGGGCUCUGGGCGGGGCUUGUGGGCUGUCCAGCUUGCAGUAUUUUGUUGUUUGUAAGUGACAUCCUGAAUAAAUGAGGAAAAUCA